GGGUAAGGCCUCAAUGGUGUUCGGAUGAGGUAUGGGAAAACCUCGUCCGCCACUGGUCUUCGGAUCCGACUUUCUUGGCUAGAAGCGAAGCCGGGAAGAAAAAUCGGAUGUCCGAGAAGGCAUUGACGACACAAUGGCACGGAGGCCGCAAACCCCAGAGUAAACAUAAAGAAGCUCUUGCGGGGCCUCAAAAGAAGAGGGUCCCUAUCCUCAGUGUAAUCAAACAUUGUUGGACGAAGAACGGUGUUGAGUCGCCAGCCAAUCUACCACCCCGCCUUGCUGAAAUCGAAACAAAGUAUAACGCAAAUGUUGAAAAGAAGCGAGCGGAACUAGGC